AUGAUGCUACUGGACGCUUCUGAUUAUCCUUUGGGCAUGCACCUUUUCCGUGAUGCAUCUUCUCUUCUGCUCGCCACUCUCGUACAUGAGAUCAAAUUCCGUCCCAGCAUGAUACUGCCUAUUCACGACCUUGUCUACUCAUUACACGCGACAAAUGCGGGGGACUUUGGAUACCAGCCAACCUAUGAUGUUCCGUGUAUCAGGGACGGCAUCCGAGGAAUCGGCUGCGGACUCGACAAUCUGCACUGUCCAUGUGACACAGACGGACAGGAGGCCAUGACAUUGGUCCUGAUAUCAUGUCUGGCUACACGCACGCCAGUAAACAUGCCGAGAGCUCGAGAUGCUGUAUCGUCAGCCUGUGCACAUGUAGCCAAGAGGAAAGGUCCAACCACUGGGCCCUUGUCUACCUCCAGCAUACCAAGAACCGUUGAAGUUGCCGUCGAGCAGCAUGUAUCGGCAAGAAACGCUUCUGUGAGCCAGCAAGAUCAACUUGGUGAUACAGUAUCAACGAAGAGCGGGAUGUCGACUGGAGCUAUAACAGGCAUCGCCGUCGCAGUGGUUGCGGCCGUCCUCCUGAUACUUGCCUUGGUAUACUUGGGACGCAAAAAGAGGAGGACCAUUUUUGAAGAGGCUGGGUACGGCGGCGGGACAGCAACUGAGUUAAACGGGAAACGCAGUCCUAUGCAUGGGACAGGCACAGAAAGGACCAUAUCUCGAGAAGCACCAUCGUCCGCUUACUAG